AAAAAUUAGCCAGAUAUGGUGGCACAAGCCUGUAGUCCCAGCUACUUGAGAGACUGAGGCAGAAGGAUUGCCUGAACCCAGGAGGUCGAGGCUGCAGUGAACCAUGAUUGUACCACUGCACGCCAGCCUGGGCAACAUAAUGAGACCCUGUCUCAAAAAAAAAAAAAUAAACAAAAAAGGAAGAAUCUGGCAUGCUUCAUGAAUCAGCAGAAGAUUCAUUUCAUUUUAAUGUUGGGGGUUGGCAUUUCUCAGUUCCUAGAAGCAAACUCGCUCAGUUCCCAGACUCUCUGCUGUGGAAAGAGGCUUCAGCCUUGAACUCUUCAGAAAACCAGAGGCUAUUCAUCGAUAGAGAUGGUUCCACAUUUAGGCACGUACAUUAUUACCUCUACACCUCCAAACUCUCCUCCAGUUGUGCAGAACUGAACUUGCUCUAUGAACAAGCACUGGGUUUGCAGCUGAUGCCUUUGCUGCAGACUCUAGAUAAUCUGAAGGAAGGGAAACACCAUCUACGUGUGCGGCCUGCAGACAUACCUGUUGCUGAGAGAGCAUCUCUGAACUACUGGCGAACGUGGAAGUGUAUCAGCAAACCCUCAGAAUUUCCGAUAAAAAGCCCAGCCUUCACAGGUCUACAUGAUAAGGCACCUUUGGGGCUCAUGGAUACACCUCUGUUGGACACAGAAGAGGAAGUGCACUACUGCUUCCUGCCCAUAGACCUGGUGGCCAAGUAUCCGAGCCUAGUGACUGAAGACAACCUGCUGUGGCUGGCUGAGACUGUGGCCCUGAUCGAGUGCGAGUGCAGCGAGUUCCGCUUCAUUGUGAAUUUUCUCCGCUCACAAAAGAUUUUACUACCAGAUAAUUUCUCCAAUAUUGAUGUAUUAGAAGCAGAAGUAGAAAUCCUGGAAAUUCCUGAGCUCACUGAAGCUGUAAGGUUGUACCGGAUGAACAUAGGUGGCUGUUCCCGGACCUCCUGUCCUCCCUCGAGCCCUGGGAAGGGGAGCCGUACAGCUGGCUUGGAGUCUGUGAAGCCACUCUACAUGAUGGCCCUGGGUCUCCUGGUCAAGUACCCAGACUCUGCGCUGGGACAGCUCCACAUCGAGAGCACAUUGGACGGAAGUAGACUGUACAUCACAGGGAACGGGGUCCUCUUUCAGCAUGUCAAGAACUGGCUGGGGACUUGCCGACUGCCCUUGACUGAGACCAUUUCUGAGGUGUACGAGCUCUGUGCCUUCCUGGACAAGAGGGACAUCACCUAUGAACCUAUGAAAGUGGCUCUGAAGACUUAUCUGGAGCCGAAGACUUUGCCACCUAUGGAUGUGCUCAAUGAGGAGUGGAUAGCAGAGAUCACUGUGUAUUCCCUCCAACAGAUCAUCAAAGUUUAUGUUGGAAGCCAUUGGUACGCAACUACCCUGCAGACCCUACUGAAGUAUCCAGAACUGCUGUCCAACUCCCAGAGAGUGAACUGGAUCACAUAUGGACAGACCCUGCUCAUCCAUGGAGAUGGCCAAAUGUUUCGACAUAUUCUCAACUUCCUAAGACUUGGAAAGCUGUUUUUACCAUCUGAAUUUAAGGAAUGGUCCCUCUUCUGCCAGGAAGUGGAAGAAUACAACAUCCCAUCUCUCUCGGAAGCUCUCACACAAUGUGAGGGCUACAAAUCAUGGACCCAGGAGAAAGAAUCUGAAAAUGAAGAAGCCUUUCCCAUCAGGAGACUGCACAUGGUGACAGAAGGGCCAAGGUCACUGGUGGAUCUUAGUAGAGACACCAAAGAAACCACAGCCUAUAUGCCAGUGGACUUCCAAGACUGCAAUGACAGGAGUCAAUGGAAUAAGGCCAAGGGGAACCUGGCCAGGUCCAGCCAGAUGACAGAGGCUGAGCAGUAUACCCAGCCCACCCAGGUGUCCUUGUGCCGAAAUACCAAGAGGGCAGGCAAUCCCAGCACAUACUCACACUGCCCAGGCUUGUGUACCAAUCCCAGACACUGGGGGCACCCUGAAAGCCCCCCCAAGAAGAAGUGUACCAUGAUCAACGUCACACAGAAAUCUGAAACCAAAGAACCUCCUGUUACCCCCAUACAAAAACUUAUCUCCCUAGUGAGGGAAUGGGACAUGGUCAAUUGCAAACAGAGGGAAUUCCAGCCACUGACAGCCCCCCGGAGCAGUCCCCUGGAGGAGGCCACCCUGCAGCUCCCAUUGGGAAGUGAGGCUGCUUCCCAGCCCAGCACCUCAGCUGCCUGGAAAGCCCAGUCCAUAGCCUCAGAAGAUCCAGGUCCACAGGCAGAGGCUGGAUCUGGAGCAAAAGACAGGGGGCCAGAGCCAAUCUUUAAGCCAUACUUCCCCAUGAAAAGAGCUGUCACCCUGAAGGACUGGAGCAAGCAGAAGCCAAAGGAGAGAGAAAGCCCUGCCCCUGAGCAGCCUCUGCCUGAGGCCAGUGAGGUGGACAGCUCAGGUGUCAUCCUCAAAGUGACACACCCUCCAGUGGUGGGCAGUGAUGGCUCCUGCAUGUUCUUAGAAGACAGCAUCAUCUACACCACACAGAUGGACAGCCUCAGGCAUACACUACCCACUACCAGUCUCCAGCCCCAAGAGGUUACUUUCCUGAGUUUCUCUCUGUCCUGGGAAGAGAUGUUUUAUGCACAGAAAUGUCACCGCUUCCUGACUGAUAUCAUCCUGGAUUCCAUCAGGCAAAAGGACCCCAAAGCCAUCACAGCCAAGGUGGUCUCCCUGGCCAAUCGGCUAUGGACCCUGCACACCAGCCCCAAGCAAUUUGUGGUGGAUCUGCUGGCCAUCACCGGCUUCAAGGAUGACCGGCACACUCAGGAGCGCCUGUACAGCUGGGUGGAGCUUACACUGCCUUUCGCCAGGAAAUAUAGCCGCUGCAUGGACCUGCUCAUCCAGAGGGGCCUGACUAGGUCCAUCUCUUACUCUAUCCUGGGCAAGUACCUACAAGAGGGCUAGGGUGCCCAGAGAUGCUGCCCUGCAUGUCCCCAGCCACCAAGGUUCAUUGUACUUCCCCACAAUGCCUGUACCCAUUCAAGGCGACAUACCAGUCUAUUUUUUUUUAUUAUAAACAAAUAAAAG